AUCGUGUUUAGGUGAUAUAUGGUGAUAUCGCUAUGGGUUUGUUACUAUCGCGGCUUAUGCAGAUCUACAGUGAGUUUUCAUCGGAACCAGCUCGGAUCCUGAUGCUGGGACUGGAUGCAGCAGGUAAGACGACCAUCCUGUACAAGCUGAAGCUGAACGAGAGCGUGUGCACCAUCCCCACCAUCGGCUUCAACGUGGAGACGGUCAGUCCGGUGAAGGGCGUGACGUUCACGGUGUGGGACGUUGGGGGCCAGGAGAAGAUCAGACAGCUGUGGAAACACUACUACCUGAACACACAAGGUCUGAUCUACGUGGUGGACAGCGCAGACCGUCUGCGCAUAAAGGAAGCCAGAUUGGAGGCUUUAUACAGUGCCCUUAAACCCUCGGAAGUCGUCGAGGAACUUGACAUUAGGGACCUCAGUGACCGGAAAUGGUACAUACACGGCGCAUGCGCACCAAAUGGAGAAGGGUUAUUGGAAUCAGUGCAGGAAAUGUCGCGACUCGUGAAAGACUUUCAGAAAGCUCGUCGAUGA